CCAUUCCAGCCCAGCCCAGCCGGGAGGGGGGAGAGGGGGGGCGCCCGCCCGCGCGCCCGCGCCUCUGGUCCGCCCCGCAGCUCGGCGGCGCCUCAGGCUGCCGAAGGAAGAAGACGCGAACUUCUGCGCCACGGGAAGCGACGGGGGCUCCGUCCUGCGCGCGCCUCGCUCUCGGCUGGGCUUCGCCGCUUGGUGCGACUGCGGCAGUUGAUCCCCGGCUGGGCUGGAUUCUGCUGCAGAAAAGCUAUAAUUCCCACCAGUAUGUUGACACUACCUGGCAUAGCUGCAAACGUGACUUGUCAUCUCAAUUGCAUCCAUGGCUGUUGGGUGACCUGGUAAAUCAUGGAGCUGAAAGUAUGGGUGGAUGGAGUCCAGAGGAUCGUUUGUGGUGUCACAGAAAUUACAACUUGCCAGGAAGUUGUUAUAGCUCUUGCUCAGGCUAUAGGCCGUACAGGAAGGUAUACCUUGAUAGAAAAAUGGAGAGACACAGAGAGACACCUGGCACCUCAUGAGAAUCCUAUCAUUUCCUUGAACAAAUGGGGCCAAUAUGCCAGCGAUGUGCAGUUAGUAUUGAGGCGGACUGGGCCAUCUCUCAGCGAGAGGCCAACUUCAGACAGUGUUGCUCGGAUACCGGAAAGAACUUUAUACCGCCAGAGCUUACCUCCACUGGCUAAGUUAAGGCCUCAGAAUGAUAAGCUGAUAAAAAGGAGGGAGCCAAAAAGGAAAUCGUUGACUUUCACGGGAGGGGCAAAAGGAUUAAUGGACAUUUUUGGCAAAGGCAAAGAGUCUGAGUUUAAACAGAAAGUUCUCAGCUGCAAGGCAACAGUUGAUGAGCUGAAGAAGCUGAUUCAUUUCCAGACGGAGAAGCUGCAGUCCAUUGAGAAACAGCUGGAUUCCAAUGAUGCUGAAGUCAAGUACUGGGAGCACAAGUUUAAUUACAGCCUAGAAGAUGAAAUUGUCAAACUGGAGCAGAAGAUUAAAAGGAAUGAGGUAGAGAUUGAGGAGGAGGAAUUCUGGGAAAAUGAACUCCAGAUCGAGCAGGAAAAUGAGAAGCAACUGAAGGAGCAGCUCCAGGAGAUCAGGCAUAGGAUUUUGGACUGUGAAAAGAAGCUGAAGGAAUAUGUGGCCCAGAUCCAGAGCAUGGAAAGUGGCCUUGAGGCGGAAAAGUUGCACCGAGAAGUGCAGGAGUUAAAAGUAAAUGAAGAAGAAGUCAAAGAGAAGAUUGAAAAAGUGAAGGGUGAAAUCAAUAUUCAGGGACAGCAGAGUCUCAGGCUCGAAAACGGCAUUAAAGCUGUUGAAAGGUCUCUGGGCCAAGCCACCAAGCGGUUACAGGAAAAAGAACAAGAACUAGAGCAGCUGACAAAGGAGCUACGGCAGGUCAACCUCCAGCAGUUUAUCCAGCAGACCGGGACAAAGGUCACUGUGCUGCCAGCAGAACCAACUGAAUUGGAGGCUUCCCAAACAGAGCUUGAGAGGGAAACAACUUUUCAGACUGGAUCCCUGAAGCGCCCCGGUUCAUCUAGACAGCUUCCUAGCAAUCUUCGGAUCCUGCAGAAUCCACUGUCCUCUGGUUUUAACCCAGAGGGCAUUUAUGUAUAACAGUCUAUAUCCCUGCUGGAAAGGACCGAGGCAGGUACUGUGGGCCAUACGCACUUCCCUCUUGCAUCUGUUCUCCCAGAGAUGAGAAUAACUUCCUUUCAGAAGCUGCCAAGCAUUGUUGGGAGUGUUGUUGUUUUUUACAAAACCAGAUCUACAACAAACUUGGAGUCCUGCCCAUGCACUGAUGACAAUGAAGAACAAAAGGGACUGUGGAGGAGCACUUCAGCGAUGGAGCAAAAUACCUAUCUUUUUAAAUUGCUAUUUUGGAAACAUUUCUUAGCAGCAUGAAUGGCUGGUCAUAGUGCAAGAAACGGGGGUUUAAUUUAUUCCAUUUGAUCAGUGGAUGUGUGAAUGUUGCCAUGACAUAGAAACACUUCUUGCCUAAGAGCAGGACUACAUAUUAAGUCCAACCCAGGACGGCUGCCUUAAACAGCACUCCAUGUUCAUUACUCCCCUUCUCCACUCAUGCUUGUAGAAUCACUUGGAUCAUUCCCUGAUGUCACCAUGUUGUGAAUUUACCCCCCUGUCUACUCAUCCAUUCCCGCAUUCAGUUUAAUGUCACAACCUGGAAUAAGGAAUCUUGCACAUUACAGGGGGGGGGGAUGCAACGCAGGGGUGCCGUUUUCAGUGGAAGCCCUGUGCCAAGCUUCAUUUGUAAUUCCAUUCUCAAAGGAUGUUUGCAGCCUGAAAGGGUGUUUAUGUGUAGAAGAGGGAGAGAAUUUGCACGUGCAUGAGUUUAGAAUGAGAACAGACUACAGAGAUUCACAGUGACAGAAUGUUGUUAGGGGAGAAAGAUGCAGAGUUUCAAAAUAGCCUCUGAUAUUCUUGCUCUGUUGCAAGUUAUGUUAUGUUGGAAUCACUGCAGGAUUCUUACAAUGACUUAUUCCAUGGGACUUAAUUCUCACUUCAUAAGGAGGCGUUCAAUAUGUGAAGAUCUUCUAGGCUGGGUAGAUUUUUAAAUUAAAUUUAUAUUUGAAAUAUUUUGCCACAAUAAAUACACUUAAGUACAAAACACUAUGAGACAUAUUUAGCCUUGCCAAAGGGGUCUGUCACUGUUUUGGUUUUUUUGUUUAGCAUUUUUUUCCACUAUAGUAUUUCCCCCCUCCUACUGCAUUCUUGUGUCGUCGUAGGCCUUGCUCAUCCCAAAAGACACAAUAACUCAGUCCAAUGCUGCCAUGUGCUCCUUUCGACUCACUGAGCCAGGCAGGUGUUUGAAAACCCUCCUGUUUCUGCAGUACCAGAUUGGCAGCAAAACCAAGAGCUUUAUCAAGCCAUAUGAUGGUGUUUGCCACACACAGCUGGGGGGUGGGGGGGGUGGGAAGAGAGAGGUCGGCUAUUGUAUUGUGCAGGUCCAGUCUAAUGGCUUGCUUAAAUAACCAAGCAGUAUUCCUUUUUUUAAGUUCUGUAAAAGUGCAAAAAAAACCACCACAAACUUUUCUGGUCCUUGUGUUACAAUGCAAAAAAGACUCCAGUGAAAUUGCCCCCUUUUAAAAUGGGAACUCAUUCAUUUAUGAAACCAAGAACAAUAGAGGUAGGUGUAGAGAAGAAAAGUGCAUGGGCAAGCGAAAUAGGAAGAAGUGCAUAAAAAUCCUUGUGCAUGGCAAGUUUUGUUUUGAUAACUGGAUCUAUGAUUAUUUGACUCGUGUAUUGAAGCAGAACUGUAAGACCGUAAUUAUUUCUGGGUAUUUCAAGAGAUACUAGAAUCCAACCUCACCUAUUUUUCAGUUUGCAUGAACAACUAGUAUCAUCAGAUUCCUUAAGGGCUCUUUGACUUUCUUGGCAACAUUCUAGGAUUUGCUCCUGCAGACAAUUUGGCACUCAUUACCCAUAAGUUGCGGAAUCAUUUUUAAGACAAAUGCUGGCCUUAAAGUUUCCAGAAAUUGGAAUCUGUCUCAUUAAAAUGGGACUUUAGCAUACAAUUAAAUGCUUAAAUCUCAUUCAUUCCAUUGGGAUUUAAGGGGAUUGUUUUAUAUGGACCCUGCCCCUAGGUCAACACAGUGUAUUCUGACCCUUCAUUGCAGGACAGGACAGUAUGCAGAAACCUAUUUAUUCACAAAGCAGAACAUUGAAGGGGUAUAUCUCUAAAGUCCUUUAAAAAUAAAAUAGUUUAUAGAAACCUCUAGCCCGAUUAAUUUAGUAAGCAGACCAAAAUUUAAUUCAAGCUUCCAUUUCCAUUUAAGAAUGCUCCUCAUUCAUUGCUAUAUUUUAAAAAUAAAUAAGAUCCAGUUCAAACUCAAACAAUGUUGCUCUUCAAAUGAACCUGUAAGACACAAAAUCAACUUAGAGUGGUGUGGUAGCCAAUUUUUCUUGAGGAUAUAUGCAUUUCUUGUCAAUGCAAUUUCUUGCCUAUACAAGAGCAAACAAUGUUUUGAGUUUAAGUCAGUAUUUGUGGCAGCAUUAGGGGUAGAGUACUCCUUGGGAAAGGGAAUGAGUGCCAGGUCUAUCACCUGUAUGUAGGAAACCCCACCUGGACAGGGACCACUGGCAAAGUUCCUUUGGGGCAACUGGUGUCCCUCCUUUUGCCACUACGUUGACAACUGAGAGACCUGGAGAAGUCUCUGCAGGAGCCUGUGUUUGGCCCAGGGGUGCAAACAGACUCGGUCCAGGCUCACCCCCCAACUUAAAAAGCAAAGAAGAAGCACCCUUGCCUUGAAAGUAACCACAAACAUUUCCAAGGGUGUUAGGGACAUAAUUUAGCAGCUGAUCUUAUUGAUCUCAGUGUCAUUGUAAAGGGCCUCUGGGAAGAUUCACAUUACCUCAGUCAGUAUUAUGUAUUAUGUUUGUUAAAGCCCUCAAGUAGACAUUUUGCUUUGUGAAUAAGAGCACACAGGUUUUCAAAGAAGAAAUAUUGAUAUUUCUAAAGAGAUGGUGACACUGGUAUGAAGCAUUUGUGUCUGAGAAUAUUUGCAAAUAUAAAGCUUGAGAUUAUGGGUGAUGCUAUUAGCUGCAAAUGAGUUAACUCCAUUGAUUUCAGUGGGCCGGCUCAGAGUGUGACCAUUGCCCUCCAUAUGUAUGAGACUUGAAGACAAAUGCUCAUCGUUCAUGGGUCUGCUUAUUCACAUGAAUCUUAAGAACAGCAGCUUUGUGUCUCUAAUAUGUAAUAUGAGAAGGUUUAGGUUGGCAACAUGGUUUGUACCUUGUAGCUGCAAUAUUGUACAUUUAUGGGGUGGUAAAAUGAAGAAUACUUUCUCACACCACCACCACCCACCCACCCCUGUCCCAACUCUCAAAUUUACAUGAAUUCCCAAUGUGCUUUGCCAUAUGUUAAUUGGGCCUUAAUUAUCCAUGUAAAUAGAAAAAACUGUAUUCAGAUUUAUUUUAGUUCUGUGCUGUAUUUUUUUUAUGUCAAAAAGUGUUACUUUUUAUAUCCUAGCCUUUUUUUUAAAGACCAUUGGUUUAUUCUAUUCAUUACAAUAUUUUAUUGUUUUGUAUGAAGGCUGUCAGUUAUAUGGAGAUGACAAAACAAACCAUUCUGUCAAUUUAUUUAUUCAGUAUUUUUGCUGCUUUACUUUUUGAAAUAAAGUUUUCAUUGCCAA